AUGUAUUUCCUUGGACUGUUGUCUUUGCUUGUUUUGCAAAGCAAAGCCUUCAAGACAAAUUUUCCUGAUGAAACCAUUGCUGAGCUUUCUGUGAAUGUUUACAAUCAGCUGCGAGCUGCAAGAGAAGAUGAGAAUAUUCUUUUCUCUCCUCUGAGCAUCGCAAUAUCCAUGGGAAUGGUAGAGCUUGGAGCCCAUGGAACCACUUUGAAAGAAAUUCGACAUGCCUUGGGUUUUGACAGCUUAAAAAAUGGUGAAGAGUUUACCUUCUUGAAGGACCUUUCUGACAUGGCAGCUAAUGAAGAAAGUCAUUAUGUUCUGAAUAUUGCUAACUCUCUCUAUGUGCAGAAUGGCUUUCACAUCAGUGACAAAUUCCUGCAGUUGGUGAAAAAAUACUUCAAAGCUGAAGUAGAGAAUAUAGAUUUCAGCCAAAGUGCAGCUGUAGCUACCCACAUCAAUAAGUGGGUGGAGAAUCACACAAAUAAUAUGAUCAAAGAUUUUGUGUCUUCGAGAGAUUUUGGUGCUCUAACUCAUUUGGCUCUCAUCAACGCAAUCUACUUUAAAGGCAAUUGGAAAUCACAGUUUAGACCUGAAAACACAAGAACUUUUUCAUUCACUAAAGAUGAUGAAAGUGAAGUGCAAAUCCCAAUGAUGUACCAGCAGGGAGAGUUUUAUUAUGGAGAGUUCAGUGAUGGCUCCAAUGAAGCAGGUGGCAUCUAUCAAGUUCUGGAAAUACCAUAUGAGGGAGAUGAGCUUAGUAUGAUGAUUGUACUUUCCAGACAGGAAGUUCCACUGGCCACAUUGGAACCACUGGUCAAAGCCUCAUUAAUUAAUGAAUGGGCUAAUUCUGUAAAGAAGCAAAAAGUGGAAGUGUAUUUACCAAGGUUCACAGUAGAACAGGAAAUUGAUAUGAAAGAUGUCUGGAGGGGUCUUGGAAUUACAGAGCUGUUCAGCAGUAGUGCUGACCUCACUGGGAUGUCUGAUAACAAGGAACUUUACCUUGCAAAGGCAUUUCACAAGGCGUUUCUAGAAGUUAAUGAGGAAGGAUCAGAAGCUGCUGCUGCCUCAGGAAUGAUUGCCAUUAGCAGAAUGGCAGUGCUGUAUCCACAGGUUAUAGUCGACCAUCCCUUUUUCUUUUUGGUCAGGAACAGAAGAACAGGUACUGUGUUAUUCAUGGGAAGGGUAAUGCACCCUGAAGCAAUGAAUACAAGUGGCCAUGACUUUGAAGAGCUUUAA